AUCGAUAAACACGUGAUGGAUACUUACUGUUGGAUUCGCGGCACAUUUACAGUAAAAAAGCCAAAUAUGAGCGAAGAAGGAAGCAUUUUUCCCGGAAUCAAUUCAAAAUAUGAAAACCAAGAACAUUUCUAUCAGCAUACAUAUUAUCAAUGGGUCUGCUUCUUCCUGUUUCUUUAAUCUUUCCUCUUCUACGUGCCAAGACGGGUGUGGAAACACUGCGAAAGUGGCUUAAUUCAGACUUUGAGUCUGAAGAGUGACAACAUCAUGUGCGAAGAAAUUCAUAAGCGGGAAAAUAAUGCUGCUGUAGUUAAGUUCUUACACGAAAGUUUGGGAUGUCACGAUUGUUACGCUCUUCGUUACUUUGCUUGUGAAUUACUGUGUCUAAUUAAUGCCAUUUCUCAAAUGUAUUUGGUUGAUGUAUUUUUAAAUGGCGAAUUCUUAAAUUACGGAAUAGAAGUAAUUAAAUAUAACAUGAACGAUGAUGAUAAUUUAAUAAAUCCGAUGCUAGAAACGUUCCCAAGGAUGAGCAAAUGUUUUUUUUACUAUUAUGGAUUGUCCGGUAAUAUAAUAAAAAUUGAUAAUUUGUGUAUGUUACCUUUAAAUGUAAUUAACGAAAAGAUUUUUAUAGUUUUAUGGUUCUGGUUUAUCGUUUUAAUUUUAUUGAGUGCCAUAUCUGUUGUAUACCGUAUUAUUUUAAUAACAAGUGGAAAGAUGAGAUUGUAUAUCUUAUCCAUACGUUACAGGCUUGUACAGGAAACUUAUUUGGAAUUGUUGAUUAAGCGAUUGUCUGUAGGAGAUUGGUUCAUCGUAUAUAUGCUUGGUAAGAAUAUUGACAGAUUUAUUUCAACCGAAAUUCUAUGCGAAUUUUCGAAACGAGUUAAUGGAAUGGCAGAAAAUGCUUGAAUUUUAGCCUGUGUUGUUGUUAUAUGAAUUACAAAUUUAGUAAUUCAUUUUACUUUAUUCAUUAUUAUUAAUAGUCUUUUUAAAGUAAUUUUUAAAAAAUGGCAAUUUGUAUUUUUUUAGUUUAUAUUAUUAAUCUUUAUUAUUAAAAAUAUGAAAAGUUUUUAACUUGUUUAUAAAUAUUACUUUAUAAUAAUCUAUAUGUGAAGUUUGAGGCCUUAUAAUAUACCAUAAUAAGUAAAAUAUGGCAAUAAGGCUUAGUAAUAUGAGAUUCUAAUUGAGAUGUUGGGAAAAUGUUUCUCUUUUUUUUAAUAAUUUAAACUGUUUUUACUGUAAGUUUGUCUUAUUAAUUAAUAGAAUGAUAAGAAACAGACAUUAAAGAAUAAUUAUAAUUAAAAUUAGUACUUGGAUUUUUUGAACUGCAAGCCAACUAUACUUUCUCAAUGGUCAUGUUUUAGUUUUUAAUCAGAAUUGUAAUUUAAUAAAAGGAUUCAUCCAUAUUUUUAACGGAUGAUUGUAAAAUCUGAUAAAAAUUCGAUUAUAUCGUUUUAUUAAUUAAAUAACUAAUUAAAGUCAUUUGAUGAUAUAUGAAGUACAAAGUUACUUCUUACCAGGUACUGGUUCAAUAUAUAUAAUAGACACACAUUUUAUGUGUCUAUUAUAUGAAGUACAUUAAUAAAAUUUUAAUUUAAAUUAAAACGAUCAGUUUUUCAAAUAAUAAUUAUGUUCUAAAUAGACUAAUAUAACAAUUCAGUUUAUUCAAAACUUUAAUUAGUUUUCACUUUUUUUUUAACAAUCUAAACUAGCGUUUGUCAACUUUUUUUGGCUCGCGAAAUGUUAAAAUUUGUGAAAAUAUUUCGUGGACCAGUGGUGUUUUAAUAAAAAAAAUUACUAGAUAUUAAAGAAUUACUGCAGAAGUAAAUUGUAAAAUUAUUAUUAUAAUUUACUUACAAUAAUAUUUAAAUGUAAAUAUAAAUAAUUAUUACAAUUAUUUUAUAUAAAUAAAUCUUUGACAAAAUCACAGAAAACCAUGAUAAUAUCACAAAAACAUUGCAUAUAGGACUUUAAAAAUAUUAGUCUUAUGAUUACUAAAAAAUUAAAUUAAUAGUAUUUACUAAAAGUGUAUUUUUAUUUUUGUUUUUAAUUAUAAUUAUUAAUAAAUAC